UGAAACAAGACAGUUAUUAGGCGGCGCGGGGCUGCCGGCAUGGAGCUCGGAGCGGCACGGCAGGGACUGGCGUGCAGCGGUGCGGCCGCGGUGGCAGCCCCGAUUCCCUCCAGUCGCCGCUCCCUGCUCCGGGUUCUCGGCCCCUAGAUGCCUCUUCCCGCGCGUUCCUCUAUCUAUGGAUUCAUUGCAGACUGGACAGAUGCUGAGCUUGUCCGCUGAGCUCGGUAGCAACAACUUAGAUCUGGCGGAGCCGGCUGCAUCAGUGGCCCGUGUAGAUACGGGCCCCCAUCCAGAAGCGGCGACCGAAGGCCCCGCACCUGUACCAACGCGGGAGCCAGAGCUGGAGCAGCCUCCAAGGGCUUCGACGCCAGAGUGCAAAGUCCUGCUCUCGCAGGCCGACGCCCUAGCGUCUGGGGUGCGCCUCCGGGAAGCCUUCGAGGUGUACAGACAACUGUCAGAGCGGCAGCAGCUGGUGGCUGAGCAGCUGGAGCAGCUGGUGCGCUGCUUGGCUGAGAACGUCCCACAAGGCGAGGCUCCGGCGCCGGCGCCGGCGCCGGCGGACGGGAGCAGCACGGCGAGCUGCGCGCUUGUGGAGGAAGAGGCAGGGGUGGCAACGGCCGCUGAGGCCACCGAGGUGUGGGACGGCUUCAAGUGCCGGAAGUGCCAUGGAUUUCUUUCAGACCCCGUGUCCUUGUCCUGCGGCCACACCUUUUGUAAACUGUGCCUGGAACGCGGGCGGGCAGCCGACCGGCGCUGUGCGCUGUGUGGGGUCAAACUUUCUGCGUUGAUGGUGGCCACUGGACGGGCGCGCGGGACCUGGCGAGCUGGGCAGCAGGCGCCGCCGCCGCUGCGGGUCAACGUGGUGCUCAGCGGUCUCCUCGGCAAGUUGUUCCCGGGUCCGGCACGGGCGUCGCAGCUCCGGCACGAGGGCAACCGGCUGUACCGCGAGCGCCAGGUGGAGGCGGCGCUGCUCAAGUACAACGAGGCAGUUAGGCUAGCUCCAAAUGACCACUUGCUUUAUAGCAACCGGUCUCAAAUUUAUUUCACCUUGGAGUCUCAUGAAGAUGCACUGCAUGAUGCAGAAAUAGCAUGUAAGCUCCGCCCAAUGGGUUUUAAGGCACACUUCAGAAAAGCACAAGCCUUAGCCACCCUAGGCAAGGUGGAGGAAGCACUAAGAGAGUUUCUAUAUUGUGUGUCCCUGGAUGGAAAGAACAAAAGAGCAAGAUCUGAAGCCCAAAGGCUUCUCUUUAGUUUAUUUUCACCAUCAGUCCCAGGGGAUUCUCAGGAACAUUCUCCGGAUAUCCUGAAGCUGUUGGCACCUCACCUUAGAUUAAAGGAACACGUAAAGUCAAUGGCUACUGAAGGCACCAGCCAUAAUCUAUCAAAGUUGUCACAGGAAAAUCCAGAGCUCCCACAUUGUUCUAGACAAGAAGAAACAGCAGCCAGGGGGAACUGCAGCAGCCCAAUGAAACCAGCAAAAGUAAAGGGGGAAGGGCAUCAAGGCAACAUCAAAGAUAAGAAAGGAGAAGAGGAGAAGGGGGAUGCUGCCUCCAUCAAGACUGGAAAAUGCCAGGAAAAGAAAAGGAAACAUUGUCAAGUUGAACCCCAAGACCAAGAGGUGUCUAAUAAAGCCUCUAAGCCAGAUCCUCCCGCUGAUCUGGGGGCCAAAACUGCUCUCAGUGUUCCCCUCGCAUCUUUUGACGCAUCUGACCUUGAAUGCUCCCUAUGUAUGAGAUUAUUUUAUGAGCCAGUCACAACACCUUGCGGGCAUACAUUUUGCUUAAAAUGCCUUGAAAGAUGCCUAGAUCACAACGCGAAGUGUCCACUGUGCAAAGAUGGCCUUUCACAGUGCUUGGCAUCAAGAAAAUACAGCAAAAACAUCAUAAUGGAAGAGCUAAUAGCUAAAUUCCUUCCAGAAGAACUCAAGGAAAGAAAGAAACUUUAUGAAGAGGAAAUGGAAGAACUUUCCAACUUGAAUAAGAACGUGCCUAUUUUCGUGUGUACUAUGGCCUAUCCCACUGUUCCUUGUCCCCUGCACAUCUUUGAGCCUUGUUACCGUUUGAUGAUUCGUAGAUGCAUUGAGACAGGCACAAGACAGUUUGGCAUGUGCCUUGGAGAUCCUGUCAAAGGGUUUGCAGAAUAUGGCUGCAUCCUAGAGAUCAGAAAUGUUCAAUUCUUUGCUGAUGGCCGCUCAGUGGUUGACAGCAUAGGCAAGAGGCGCUUCAAGGUCCUCCAUCAAGGCCAGAGGGAUGGUUACAACACAGCUGACAUUGAAUACAUUGAAGACCAAAAGGUUCAAGGAGAAGAUUGUGCUGAGCUCAUGGGAUUACAUAACUGUGUCUAUGAGCAAGCAUCAUCAUGGUUCCAUUCACUCAAAUCAUCUUUGAAGAAUCGGAUACUCAAUCACUUUGGCCCAAUGCCAGAGAAAGAUGUGGAUCCUCAGAUUAACCCAAAUGGUCCAGCCUGGUGCUGGUGGACAUUAGCAGUUCUCCCACUGGAAAGCCGAGCUCAGCUUCCGUUCCUAGCAAUGAAGUCCUUAAAGGAUAGACUGAACGGUAUUCGGCGUGUCCUGGCCUUUAUAUCCCGAAACCAAAACUAGUGAGAAUGGAUUGCUGAAGAGGAGCUGCCACCCUCCCCACUGCCUAGGGAAGUCAUCUUGUAAAUAUAUCUAGAUGCAAUAACAUCUUAACAGAAGGCAAGGGUCAAACAGAGGCAUUACCCUGCUGUUGACCACAGAGAUAAAUUGAGUAGAAAGACCAAAAAAAAAAAUGACCUGUUUGAAACUUUCUUUCUUAAGAUGCUUCUUGACAUGCUGCACAACUACAUGCACAGCAGAGAUAUUCAAGAGCCCGGAAAAUUUUUUUUUUUUUUGAUUCGACAUAAAAUUUUCUGAAAGUUUAAAGUGAUUUUGCUUUAAUUUUCUUUCUUUCAUUGAUGAAUGACUGUAUGGUUGAAAUCUGAGGCAAAGAUACUAAUAAUGUUGCUGCAUUAUUUCACUGACUUGAGGUCUCCUCAUUCCAAAUGGUUCAGGUUUUAUAUAGCAUUGUGUAAAAUAAUGUUCAAACUUCUUUGUUUUAAUUUAUUUUUUCACUACUGUAUCCUUUUUUAUACAUGUAUGUUUGUAACUAUUUAAGCGUACAUUACUAAAAAGUCAAUUGCUUUAUUUAUUGAUGUAGUUUACCAUGUACCUAGGGGGAAGUAACAGUACUAGAAAUGUGUCAUUUUUGCUUUAACCUUUUGUUCGAUCUCAGUUCUUGAACCAUUUUUGUGUCUAUCCAGUUGGAUACCUAAAGGAAGUUCAGAAUCAUGCUAAGGUCAUCUAUAGUCACAGAUUCCAUUGUGUUUUCAGUUUGAAUUCAACAAUAUAAAAUACAUAGGGGAUUUGGCAUAGAUUAUGGAAUAAGCCAGAGUAAAGUAAAAUAACCCAUUUUCUAUGUGUUAUACAGAAUAAGGCUGAAGGAAUUUUUCUGGAAUUAAUUGAUGAAUCAGAGGAGUGUCCUUUAUUACAAUCUAUUAUAGGCAUUCAUUUCAGCAAUCUAAUUCUAAGUGUUUCUAAUUUCUCCACUGUGCAGUUAAGAAUGGGAUUUUUAGGCAGAAUAAUAUUUAUCCCUUCAGAGGAAAGAGUUUUCAGUUUGGCACAUCAAAGCUGGGCCCAGCUAGCUUCCACUUCUCAGGGUUCUGAGGAUCACAGCCUGGCCAGCAUGUAUGGAAACACUUGCUGAAGGACUGUUUGUUACGAAAAGUAUAAAGAAGCCAGUAGAAAAGGUAGGAUGCUUAAAAAAAAACUAUCUUUUUGAUUUUUAAAUACUUUUAAAGGAAACAGCAAAUUAAUCCAUGAUAUUAUCUAAACACUGCCUGUCCUCCAAGCUACAAUGGGCCAAAGAUUUCAGUAUAGGGGAAGAAUGGUGGAUAAACAGGUAAGAAUAAGCCCUGGUUUAGCUUGCUUAGGACAAGUGUGAUUCUUUUAGUGCCAGGUGAACCUGAAAAAUAGCAUGAGUAUGAGAGUGUUAUAAUGAAUGACAGAGUGAAAAGAUUAGGGCAGGGAAGAAGUGAAUUGUGCCAUUUGUACCAUUACUCAAAUGACCCCACCCCCUGUGAUUCUGGACAGUGUUAUUCACUCACAGCCUGACCACUCUGUCAAGGUGAGAGGUUAAUGCCUCAAGUAAUCAGUCUGGCUUUUUCCAUCACCACCUGUGGCCAGAAACAGAAAAGGCAAAAUGAGAUGAUCCGUGCAACAUAAGAGAGCUUAAGGUAAGCAGAAACCAAAUGAUCUUUUCUGCACUUUCUUAAUGGAUGCUAUGUUGUCAAAGCAUUAUGUCACCAGGUUUGAUGUUUGGAGCCAGACUGGAUUGGAAGGAUAGGCAUGGUAAAUGCCCAAGCAAAUUCUACAAGACACAGAGAGCAGUAAAUUACAGUCUCCUCCUCAGAUUUAGUGCCCAACUAUUUGGUCAUAACACAGUCAUAGUACAAUAGUUUCCCAUUAUCUAGUAUAAAUGCAACGCAAAAAAGGGUGAUAAGUGUCUCCACUUGCUAGGUGUGUUACCUUUGUGAUUUAACUUUUUCUGAGCCCCAGUUUCUUCAUCUAGCAAAUGGUAAUGAUAAUUACCACACAUAGGGUUAUUAUGAACAUUAAAUGAGAUAGUAUAUGUAAAUCACUUAGCACAAUACCUAGCAUAUAGGAGACAUUUGACAAAUCAUAGUUGUAAUUAGAUUAUUCAUAGUUAUGGAAUAUCACCAGGGGCCUACAUUUGGAUAACAUGCUGCUUUUACACACAAUACCCAUUUCCAACCCCUUUAAACUUGGUUGGGGGAAUCCACACCACUGAAUUUCAAACCAUAAGUUGAUGCUUUACGAUGAUUCCUUUUGGAGUCAAGUCUGUUUGGAAAAGUGGAAAGACUGAAAAACAAAUGAAGUUCAGAAAUAAGGGAGAAUUCUGUGCCAGCAAUUUUUUCUUAUUUUAAUAGGCCUAAAAAGUAGUAUUGUUUGGAGGUCUAGAAUUUCCAAUAUAAUGGAAGCCUUAAGUUCUGGUUCCCUUAGAAUAACCAACUCAUCACUCCCUGCUCUUCAAAAUGUAUUGAAAAUCUUGGCCAUGCCAGGGUGAACAAAUUUUACGAUCUACGAUGUUUGUGCUUGGUUCAUGGUAUUUCUUUAUGCCGCCCUAACAAAAAUGUAUUGCAAACCUACUACAUACCAGAUACUGAGCCAGGUGAUUUAAUGAUCUCAUUAAAUCAUUUAUUUGUCACAUCAAUCCUGUAAGAUCACUUAUUAUCCCCAUAUUAUGGACGAGAAAGCUGAGGCUCUGCAAUGUUAAAUACUUUGCCUAAGUAACACAAUCAGCCAGUAAAUAGCCAAGCUUGAUUUUGAACCCAUUACCUUGCAGAUUUUAGUUUGUGUUAUACAUAAUUUUGUUAAAUAGGCAUGACAACCAAGUCACAAAAGCACCCCAAAAGCUCACAAUGGGAAGGUGUAGGUUAAGUAAAUUUAAAUUACCCAACACAUCACCACUUAAUCUAGAUUAAAAAAAUAAGUUUAAUUAAAAAAAUAAAAUAAAAUUACACAUCAUAGAAUGCUUCAUGUUGAUAAGUGAGUACAUAACUCCAGCAAAUGUGGAUCCUUGGAGACACAGAAUUGCACUUUACUCUCAGUAGCCUAGAUACACAUUUGGGUGGUAUUAUAGCAAGCUUUGGUUUCUGUUGUGGUGGGAGGCAGAAGGCAAGGCUAAGCUUUAGUUUUCUUUGGAAUGCACUUAAAUGGGGUCAUCAGUUAGACAUGACCAUUUUUAAUACUUGUAAAUUGAUUUUGCAGCAAAGCUUGGGAAUGAAGAGUAUACAGAGAGAAGAUAUAAAGCCAGAAGGACAAGACUUCCCCUUGGUAGAUAGUGCCAUUUAUUUGGUUAGUUUUCCUGUCUUAUCAGGACCCAGUCUUCUCUUAGUAGAUUAUUUUCUCUCUGUGUGUAUGUGUAUGUAUGUACAUAUAUGUGUGUAUAUGCAUUAGGUACCAAGCAGACAUUAUGCCUUUCUGCUUUUUACUGUACUACUACUGCUAGCUAACAACCAGCAAAAUGUGGAAAAUGAAAAAUGAUGAAACUAAUUUUCCAUAGACACUUGGAGAAAAGAGUGCUUUCCCCUGACUUAGGGGAACAGGGAACUGACUAUUUCAACAAUUUUCCUUUUCUGGAGGCUGACUGCUUCUAGUCGCACAGGUUUAGUUGAGUCACUGUGCAUGUGGCACUUCCAGCUCUGCCUAUGGAGCUUGCCUGGGCUCAGAUUAUCCCCUGUAACUGGCCAUUAGAGCAGUAGAGCUCCUGAGAUUAGUUCACAGCUCCCAGAAGUUUCUUACUGUCAACAGAUUUCAUGCUGUUGAACUGGACUUCAUUGAGGACUGUGUUCCCCCAUGCCUACUCCAUUUCCAAGAUGGAAUUUUAUUCAGGAACUCAUUCCUUGAGUUUUCAACCUGUUGACUUUUCAUCCAUUUACAUUUACCAAGGCAGAAUCAUAGCAGAGGUGUGAAAGACACAAAUGGAAGACAGCCCAAAUAAUGGAAAGAACAGAUUUUAGGCUUGUGGAUAGAGGUUUCGAUUUAUAAUUUAAGACAGUUCUGAAAAGCAGCUGGCUGCAUGGGCUGCAAUUUGUGGCAUUUCCUGAGUGCAGAGAGAAGGAAGGAAAAGGAGCCAUGUAAAAUGAAUGUAUUCAAUUCCUCUUAGAAUGAUAACUCCCACUGUUCAACUAUUUAAUAAUCUGGGUUAUGCAUAUCCAGAGGUGAAAUGAAGACAUUUUGACUUACAAAUGGAUAUUUUCCAACACACUAAGUUAACCUUGAGAGAGAAGUGCCUGUAAUUUCUGUUCUUGGUGUCAUUUUAAAAGUUUUGCUUUAUGAUUCUGUAGAUGUUUAAAGAUUUGUUGCAAAAAAUGUGAUUAACAGAAGUUUACAAAACAACAUUGUAGCUAAUGCAUCAUUUAAAUAAGUUGCUUAACAUCUAUUGUCACAGCAAUAUCAAUAAAGAACAAAAUAAAAGGAGAAAAUAAAAUAGGUUUAUUUUAGAUAAACUAGUUCCAUCAUUUUAUGUAGUUCUCAGUAAUGCUAGUAGUAAAAUAUCAAGCAAGCCAUUUAAACAGCAGCAAACAUGUCUGUGUUUGUUAUUCCAGUUGUUUUCUGAGCAGUCAUUUUACUCCAGCACUGUAAUGAACUGAAAGGGGAAAUAAGAUAAUGUUUUUUCUUCCCCACAUUGCUAUUCAACUACCUCUAUAUGCUUGAUUUCUCUUUAGGAUUUUCUUUCCUCCAAAUAUGUACAAAAAAGGUUUCAGCUCAUCUAUGUUGUAAUAAUAAUGUGAUAUAGACAGUCUCUGUGAAAGCUGUUUGUUCAUUAAAAAAUGUUUCCUAUCCUUUCA